AUGAGCGGAAUCUCGACGGCGGCGUAUUUUGCGCGGCGAGCUGCGCAGAAGGAGAGGGUUCGAAUCCUCUAUCGUCGUGCCCUUAAGGAUACUCUCAAUUGGGCUGUUCAUCGUCAUAUUUUCUACCGAGACGCUUCUGAUCUGCGCGAGAAGUUCAAUGCCAACCAAGAUGUGGAGGAUGUUGACAGAAUCGACAAACUGAUUGCUCAUGGUGAAGCAGAAUACGACAAAUGGCGGCACCCUGAUCCUUAUAUCGUUCCAUGGGCUCCUGGUGGCUCAAAGUUCAAUAGAAACCCAACUCCACCUGCUGGGAUUGAGAUUGUGUACAACUAUGGUCUUGAAGACAACCCAUAA